AUGAUUGAAUUUAUUGAUAGCUUUGUUUUCAAAUUAUCUUAUUAGUUAGCUAGACCAAUGAGUACAAGCAGUGAUUGUCGGUUAUAUUUUGCAUAUUUAUGUGUACACACUGGCAAUGCGUGCUGUUCAGAGGGGGUGGGAAAAUGCGCACGGAGCGCAAGAGCGCCGAAAGGACUUCAGUCUCCUGUUAUCCUCUAACUGCUAAGAGCGUCGCCUAUGGCAUAUCAACAUCGUAUGCGUAUUGUAGAGGGUGUGACCAAGUUGGACGAGAAAAACUUUUCAUACUUUGCUCAGUCUUCGGAAUGUAAAGUUCCUGCAGGACGUAUGCCUCAACGACGUUGCGAUAAAAACUAAAAAAAAAAUAAUAAAAAAAAACUAAAAAGCAAAAAAAUUAAAUAAAAACGAAGGCAACUGAAUCGAAUACAAAUCACAAAUACAACUCGAGUGAAAAUGCUAAAAACUUGUCAAGAAAAGUUCUCCGUUGCCGUCUAAAUAUACGAUUUGUGGUCUUGUGCCUGGCGAAAAUCAAAUUUAAAAUGUGCGACAGUUUGAUGUCAAGAGUUUAAAACUCUGCACCGAGAGCACGAAGCCCAGUGACGAAGUAGAGGACGCGGACGCGGACGAGGACGAGGACGAGGACGAGGUCGACACCUGCAGGAGCUUUCGCACGCCCAUUGCGUCUCCAAACUCCAUACCAUUUCCAAACUCCACAGCUUUACACACCGGGCCAUUUUGGUAAACGCGGUCCGAGCACUCGACGGCCAGUCCCAAGUCCAGGAUGGGCGACUACCAUGAGUUUACGGAUCAGUACAAAGUGCCGGUGAUAGCCAAGCUGCUGCACGCACUGCCCCACUACAACAUCACGUUCCACAAGAUCAACAGCACGUUCCGGCCCAACGAUGAGAUCUACCUGGAGAGCCUGGGAAUAUUGGGAUCGGUGCCGGCGGCACUGUUGAUCGUCUCGCUGCUGGGACUCUUGUUUUAUUUGAUGACGCGCUGCUGUGACCGGAAGCCACGGCCGGCCCACUCGAUAACCAGCCUGAAGGUGGCCCUGUCGAUAGUUACGGUGAUGUGCUGUGCGGCAAUUGGAUUGGGCCUCUAUGGCAACGACGACUUGCACAAUGGACUGCUGGAGGUGCUGACCGCCGGGCGAAAGGUUGACAAUCUGGUGACGACCAUACGGAAUCAGACGCACAUCCUGGAGAACACGCUGACCAAUCGCAUACGGCCGCAGCUGGUGGAGCUGGCGGACAUCUUUGAUCAGCCGGUCUCCAAUCAGACGGCGCUCUCCAAGCUCUUUGUCUCGCUCAAUAUUGUUCAGGGCAAUGUGACGUUGGCCACCAAUGCGGCCAGCGAUAUACGACGUCCGUUGAUGGGCAUCUCGAUGACGCACUUCCUCACCCGUGGCGAUCAAUGGGAGCUGAUCCGCUGGCCCGGAACGGUGGCAACUCUGGCUCUGCUGCUUGUGCUCUGUGCUGUUUUGCUAGUGGGCGUGGCACGGCAUUCGCGCUGCGCCCUAAUACUGUUUAGCGUUUGCGGCCUGCUCGCUGUCACCGGCUCCUGGCUCAUGUCCGGCCUCUAUCUGUCAUCGUCGGUGGCCGUGGGCGACUUGUGCAUCAGCCCAGCCGAUUUUCUGGUCUCCACAGCGCCAAGGGAUCUGCCCACCAACGUCCUGCUGCACUACACCCAGUGCGAGCCGGGGCACACGAACCCGUUCACCCAGCGCCUGCGCGAAUCGCAGAACUCGCUGAACAACGCCCGCAGCGCCAUGGCCACCGUAAUGAAGAUCUCGCUGGUGCUCUUCAAGAGCUCGGGCCUGCAGCCGAAAUUGGGUGCGGUCAAUGCCGAUUUGAACAGCAGCGAACGGCUGCUCACCCAGCUGACCGCCCUGGUCGACUGCAAGGCGGUGCAUCACAAUUUCCUGGCCGCGGCACGUGGCCUCUGCGAGGGCGGCUUGCUGGGCCUGGUGCUGAUGCUGAUUGCCAGCUUCAUAGCUGCCAUACUGCUGACGAUAAUGGUGUGGGUCGAUUCGCACACAUGGAUCUAUAUACGCAAGCGGAACGACUAUGCCCAGGUCGACGAGCCGUCGUAUAUAUCGCACCCGGCGCCACAGAACCAUCAGCAGAUGAUGAAUGCGGCACGCACAUUGCCACGCAACCAUAACGGGCACUUCAGUCCACCGGUGAUCAGCGGCUCGCACACCCUCCAGCAUCCCAAUAAGCGCCAGCAGCACGAGAUGAUGGCCCACGCACACAUCCAGCAGAACAUGCGGGCAAUGGGCACCCACACGCUCGGCAGACUGCCGUCGCACAACCAUAGCCCCACCCACAUGACUGGUCCCAAUAACGCCGCCGCCGUCGCCGCCGCCGCAGCAGCCGCAGCCGCUUCCUCCAUACCGCCAACCACGCAGGCCCAGGUGGCCCAGGCCCACGCUCACGCCCAGGCUCAGCAGCAGCAGCAGCAACAACAAUUGGGGCCACAGCCAAUCUACUGCCAUCAUCCACAUCAGCAUCCGCACGCUCAUCCACACGCACAUCCCCAUUCGCACUCGGCCGCAGUUGCUGCCGCCGUACAGCAUCAGCACGCCAUUUAUCAUCAGCAGCAGGCCCAGGCUCAGGCUCAGGCCCAGGCCCAGGCCCAGCAGUAUGGCACUUAUACGACAGCUGCGGCGGCACAUCAUGCACAGCAGCAUCAUUUGCCGCCGCCGGGCCAGAGCCAGAUCUAUCAGCAGAUUCCGGCUCAUUUGGCCGGUCAGCUGGCGCCCAAUGGCAAUCCGCAUUCGAUUUAUCAGCCGCUGGUGGCGGUUAGCCAGGGCUCCAUUUACGUAUCCAACUUGGCGACGAUGCGACGCCAGAAUAGUCAGGGUGGUCCGCAGAUACCGGCCCAUCAUCACCAGCAGCCCGUGCAGGCGCAGCCACCGCCGAAUCCCCACCAGCAGCAGCAGCAGCAGCCAAAUCCUCAUGCCCACCCACAGCAUGCGCAGCAGCAGCAGCAGCAGCCGCCGCCGCCUUCGCAGCAGCAACAGCAGCAGAUGCUACAGCAUCAGCUGAAGUCGCCGCAGCAACAGCAACAGCAGCUGCAGCAGCAGCAGCAGCAGCAGCAGCAGGUGCCAGAAACGGAGGUGGUGCCAAUCAGCACCGCCAUGGAUUCGGCUAUAUACGAUCGGGACAAGCAAAUCUACAAAUGCUCGACGCUGCGUCAGGGUGGCAAGUUCGAUCCCAAGUACAAGCCAUCGAUACUCAAUUGCCCCUUACCUGAAAUACCCAAGGAUGCGGAACAGCCCAAGGUGGAGUCCAUCUAUCAGCAGCAGCAGCAGCAUCAGCAGCAUCAGACGCAGAACUAUUCCAAGACUUUGCAACGGCCACCGAUGAAGUUGCCGCCCCAGAUGAAGGCUAUACCGCCGCCACGUAUUGGCACGCCCACCUCGCCGCCGCCGCCCACGGCGCAAACGGAUGCUGCGCUGCAGAAUGGCGGCGGCGGCGGCGGCGUCAACAAUGAUGAUGCCGCACUGCCCCCGCCUCCAAUGGAGGCGCAAACGCAUCUCGGCAGCAGCGUGGACAACGCAACGCCCAAGUCACGCAUCCAAGCUGCCAACGGCAAGGCUGGCAACGGACUAGUCCUGCUCAACGGCGCAGGCGGCGGCGGCGGAGCAGCAGCAACAGCUGUCGCCAAUGCGGGCAACUCUGGCGUUCUGGAUGACGACGACGAUCUGCCACCGCCGCCGCCGGCGAUAACCGACGAGAGCAACUAUGCGGUGACCGAGCUGUAAGCGCAGCACUGGACGAACGCCUAUCCACGGAUAAUGGCCAGAUUCGGCAUUUAGUAGCAUAUUUGAGUGUUCCUUGGUUCUUGAUUUGCACUUGGAAUCCUAAUCCUAAACCCAUUUUUUAACGCAUUCCUACAAUUAGGGCUAGCCAAAGAGAAACAAACGAAACUUGAAACUGAAAUGGAAAAAUAACCCACAACUGGACUUUUGUAUAUAUACAAAUACACUUGACACGGAUCCUAACUAUGACACACACACACAU